AUGCGCCGUCCCCAAGUCAUCUGCAAUGGCCUGCGAAGGCUUGCAUACGCGAAACCAAACUGUCGUGGAUAUGUGACCGAUGCCGAUGUGGAAUCAGCAAGAGGAUACUGCUUGAGGCAGCUCCAGACAAGUGAUUAUGAUGCGCAUCUAAUACGACGAUUCGUACCGUCCCCAGUUCAAGACACCUACGCUGCUCUCAGGGCACUCAACCUGGAGCUGGUUCGUCUCCCUGAAAUUGUAUCGAACCCAGCUAUCGGUGCUCUGCGCAUCAAGUUCUGGCAAGAAUCCAUCGACAAGACCUUUGCCGGAAAUCCACCACGGGAACCAAUUUGCAUCUUACUACACCAAGCUCUCAUGGGGUUGGAAGCUCGAGCAGGCAACGCGACGAAGAAGUCUAUAAAAUUCUGGGUAUCGCGACUGGUCAAGACGAGAGAAAAGUACAUGGAUGGCCGCCCGUAUACCAACCUCGCAGCACUGGAGGAUUAUGCUGAAAAUACAUACUCAACCAUGAUGUAUGCAACGUUGGCGUCCAUGCCACUGCGGUCAAUGCACAUCGAUCACCUAGCGAGCCACAUUGGCAAAGCCUGCGGCAUCAUUGCUGUCCUGCGAGGCAUUCCCGUCUUAGCUGCACCAGGACAACCUGUCAAAACUCCUUCCGGCAUGGACGCACCAGUAACCCGAGAGCCAUCGCUACUGCUUCCGCUCGACAUCAUGGCUGAAGAGGGUGUGAAAGAGGAAGAAGUGUUUCGACAAGGGCCAAACGCACCGGGUCUGCAGGAUGCUGUUUUUAAGGUGGCAACCCGAGCAAACGAUCAUGUAAUAACGGCUCAGGAGAUGCUGAAGCGACUAAAGGCUGGUGAAGACCCCGGUCAUGAAUUUGAACAUGAGGGAGAAGCCGAGCAUGUAUAUCUGGAGGAGAGCGAUACAGCCAAGGAGAUUCGACAGAGUUUUGGAGUGCUGCUGGAAGCCAUACCAGCAAGUCAUUACUUGGAGAAUUUGGAAAAGGCGAAUUUUGACCCAUUUGCCGUCAAAACGGGGGGCUGGCGAUUACCUUGGAGGAUAUGGCAGUCAUUGUCAAAGCAAACGAUCUAA